AUGUUCUAUGUGGGGGACUUUGAGAUAUUGGCUUGUCACACAGGUGUUCAAAAACCAUUCACUUCUUCCUUCAUACAGUACAAAUUGCAUGAGGCAAAUGUGGAGGCCCAGACCUUGGUCUGGGAGGCUAUUGGGCUGGAUGGUUUGGAGAAACUAUUCAGUGUAAAUGCUUAUGAAAAAUGGUUACCUGAAGGGGUUGCAUGCCUACUGGCUAGUGCAUCCUCUGAGCCAACUGAUGAGCAUCCAGUGAUCAAAGUAUGGGUAUCUAAUGGUGACUACAUAAACAGGGCAUGCUUUGAGCUCUAUUCCAAUGGCCCAGCUCUCUCAGGUGUUGCUGAGGUGGGGCCAAAAUCACCACAGUUACUUAUGCCUGGCCCACAUGACCAGCUUUCAAAGCCUGGGGCUGGGGGUUAUUCUUUGAGAGAAGUUUUAAAGUGGGACCAGUCUUUGUAUCACACAGCCCAACCUGAAGACAUAUGCAUGUUAAUCAAAACUAUGGUUCAGCACAAUUUCCCCUCAUUGAAGCAGUAUCAAGAUGCAUGGCCUGCUGCAGAUUUUUCCAUUAUUUUCCUGAAGAAUACAUCCUCAGCAAGGUGGUGA